AAAAAUAAAAAAAUAAAAUGAAAUAAUGAAAUAGUAGAAAAGGCACAAAGAAAGACCCUCGACACACACAACAGAGUGAAAGGUUCUUGCAGCGUCGUGAGGUAGCGGCGGCAACGGAGUACGAUUUCCGAUUACCUCAUUGAUUCCACCGACUAGGAUUUUUGUUCUGCUUAAGUUGAGGAGUUAUGGCAUCAAAGCUGCAGCAGUUGCAGUCCAAAGCUUGCCAAGCAACCCAAUUCAUUGCCAAGCAUGGAACUUCUUACCACAAGCAGUUGUUGGAACAGAACAGGCACUACAUUCAGGAGCCUCCUACUAUAGAGAAAUGCAAUCUACUGGCUAAACAAUUGUUUUACACCCGCCUCGCCAGUAUUCCAGGCCGUUAUGAGGCCUUCUGGAAGGAACUUGAUUAUACCAAGAAUUUGUGGAAGAACAGGCAAGAGUUGAAGGUUGAAGAUGCGGGUAUUGCUGCUCUGUUUGGCCUGGAGUGCUUUGCAUGGUUUUGUGCUGGUGAGAUUGUUGGCAGGGGAUUUACCUUCACCGGUUACUUUGUCUGAUUGCAAGGGUAUGUUUAGCAGAGUGCUAUAUACUCCUAAAAUCAAUCGAACUGUCAUUUUAUAAGUUGUGGAUUAUGGGCAUUUUACAUGGCGAUUUGUGUUAUUCAGCAUUUUUUGUUUUUCUUUUUGGGAAAAAAGGUUGAGAAACUAGUGGUAACUCUGAUAAGCCUCAAUAACCCCUUGUAUUUGAAGCGGGAUAGACCUUGCUUUGUUCUCUUAUAAUGUUGGGAAGCUGGUAGUGGUACUCGACAAUGAUGAUGCCCCUGCAAAUUUUGAAUAAGUUCUUCAUUUUUUUUAAA